AUGGAUGGGGGCAGGGACUCCGAGAUUGCCAUGGGCGCGUACCAGCCGUGCCACCUGAACACCAAAGGCCAGGUCGCCCGAGGUCAGGUCCACGGCUUCCGAAUGUCGCUGUGGUAUGAGCACCUCGGCAUGUUACAUGACGAUUUCCUCAACCCCGGCAGCCUGGAGUGCGUUCAGAGGGUGAACCAGAUGGUUGACAAGUACUGGGACCUCUACGCUAGCGACAGCCUCGACGCCGACCUCCCUGGUCACCUGCUCAGGUACCCAGUCACGGUCACGAAGGAGGGCACGGUGACAGAGCUCCCGGGGGCGAAGUUCUUCCCCGACACGCAGGCGCUUGUGCUUGGGGCGCUAUCGAAAUUUCCUCCUUUUCUCACUACAUAG